CCCAGUCCCUCUCUCGCUCUCUCCCUCCAAGCAGUUCGGAAACCUCGCGACCCAAGCGCCGAGCCGCCACCUUUUCCGGGGCGGGGGCUAGGGUUCCCGAUGGCGCCCGAGGACGCAGAGGCCGUGCUGGAGACCAUUUGCGACCUCCACGACAAGGUCAGCGACGCCAUCCACGCCCUCUCCCGCGCUCACUUCCUACGUUCCGCUCGCCGCUGCGCCGGGGACCAGCCCGCGGGUCUCGUGCACAUCAAGGGCGUCCCCGCGGACGGCGACGAGGCGGCCGCGUUGAGUGCGGUGGCUGAGGAGGCGAGGAGCCUACAUGCUAUCCGCGCGGCGCUUGAGGACCUUGAGGACCAAUUCGAGUGCUUUCUCGCUGUGAAUUCACAGCAACAAGCAGAACGAGAUGUUGCAUUAGCAAGGUUGCAGCAAAGUCACAUCAUGCUUGCAAUAAGAUUAAAGCAGCAUCAUGGGAAAAAUCAUGGAGUUAUAGAUGAGGCGUCCAAUUUUGUUAAUAAUGUCUACCAUGAUGUCUGGCCUGUUGGCUCACUAAAUGAGCCUGAGAAAUCAAGAAGCCAUUCUGAUACUAACAGUACUGAUAAGAAGGAAACUGGUUUCAAUUUCUUGAGGUGGAUGGUAGCUCCUGGUCUUGAUUUAGCUCGGAACAGCUUCAGCAUGAAAAACAUAGGUGGCUUAUUAGGGAAUAGUGCAGUGUUUGCUAUUGGCAUGAUUACAUUGAUGCAGCUUCAUUUCAUGGCUUUUGGAGAACAAAGUCCAUCUUCUGGUAAAUACAGCUACAGAAGGAUCAAUCGUGGCAAUUCAUCACGGUCUGAGACUCCACUGGCAGUGGAUAGUAGAAUGAGUCAUCUUGAUGUGUUCUUAGCCAAAAGUUGAGGACUUGUGCCUCACCUUAUCUGUUCUGUUGUUUGUACAUGUUCUGUUGGUAUGUACUGCUGGGAUACUCAGACAUUCUAUUUUCUUGGUGCCCUGUGCCCAUUAAAUGGCCAGUCUAGGUUGACCGAUCACAUUAGCAUAGGCCUGUUUACCUGUCCUUUUCAGUUCCUUGAAAUGUACCAGGGUAAUCCUUUUUAUAAGCAGCAAUAUUAUGUAUCCAUGUUAAUCGAUCUUGUGCUCUGUUGCCUGUA